AACCGAAGAUGUAUCUAGCCAUAUAUAAGAUCAACGAAAUCUAGCAUUCGACAUCUCUCAGCCCUCUGCGCGUCUCUCUAGCGAUCACAUCGUCUCUCAUAUUUACAACAUGUCGGGAAUGCUCAUCCCCAUCCUGAAGUGGGUUGGCUCCAUGGCCGCCAAAGCGUACUGGAACGCCAUCCAGAGGGGAGCCGCUGGACCGCCUGCCGAUCGCAUCGACGAAGUCCUGAAAGGUCAGGAACAGAUCAUCACCGAGAUCGAGAAUCUCUCAAUCAAGAUCGAGAUCGUGCAUGCUAUGAAGCUUAUUCUUUACUGGACGAAGCGUUUGGGUGAAAUCAUGACGGAGAUGAAAAAAUCCGGCAAGAUUAACGUAGACAAUCAGAAUUACCAGGAGCUUCUCCGAGCUCUCCGAAGUGAAAGUGACGGUGUUCGUUACCAGACCUUCUCUAUCCAUACGGCGAUCAUGGGUACGCCAAACAACCCCUUGGGCGGUGACGCUCUCUCUACUUGGCACAAGCAGGCCUACAACAAGCUUUCUGACCAGUCCAAUUUCGACUACCACAUGUCUGACUACGUCAAGGAGCUUAACGGUCGCAUCACACCCGUAGCCUAUCUUCUUCGUCAGGCUCUUAUCCUGAGCAUGUUCACAGCCGGCACCGAGGAUGACGCUGAGAGCCUCAGAGCUGAGUGCCAAACCCGAUGCAGCCAGAUGGUUGACACCUUGUAUGGCACGCACUACCCGCCUGCGCUCCGCUUCCUCAAACCGAGCUUCGAAGAUCCUGGCAAGCAGCUGGGCACACAGUACUUCUGGUUUAAGCAGAAGGACAAGGACGGUUACUAUCUCGUCAUGCAGGAUUUCUACAUCCCCAGUCUCGGCUCCUUCAACCGCGCCAUCAACCGCAAAGAUCCGGAAGUAUGGGCAUUCACCCUCAAGCAGAACGCGCACGAGCUUGGCCCGAUGCAACUCAUCUCCGCAUGGGCGAACCACGGAAAUCAACGGAUCAGGCGUCACUGGCGCUGGGCGCAGGAGGGAUGGAAAGGCGCUUGGGAGUACGAAUUUUCUACGGACAAUAGUAGCGACAGUGAUGAGGUUCUGUUCAAGCUGAUCCCGCUUCAGGCUAGCGAGGCAGGCUCGGAGCCGGCUCUUCGGCUAAUACCGUACUCCACCAAUAAGGCGGCGGUCAGAGAUAAAAACGGUACAUUUGAUUUGGUCUUCAUACCAUCCAAAAUAUCUCUGUAG